UAACCCUCUAUCAACUCUUCUGAAUUUCUACAAAAUGGCAUUCCCUCCUAGGUCCCAACAGGGAGGCAUUCUAGUCCCUCACCAGCAGUACGCUGGAGGACAGGGACUCAUACCGCUCCCUCCACAACAACAUGGACUCGCUACAGCCUUAAUGCCAACAGGGCCACCAAGAACCACGUCUCUACAAGCUCCGAUAAUGAGACUCUUAGGCCAUCAAGGCGAAGUGUAUACUUCUAAAUUUAGCCCAACUGGGAGCACCUUGGCCUCGGGAUCCUUCGAAAGACUAAUAUUUUUAUGGAAUGUCUACGGAGACUGUGAGAAUUAUUGUGUAUUAAAAGGACACCAGGGAGCCAUCAUGGACCUCAAUUAUUCAACUGAUGGAACUAUGCUAUUUUCAGUGGCUACUGAUAAGUUGGGUGCUGUAUGGGACGUAGAGGUUGGUGCCAGGGUCAAGAAACUUAAAGGACACUCCUCAUUCGUUAAUAGCGUGUCCUCCUCUCAGAGGGGGUCUCAGAUUAUUGCCACUGGGUCUGAUGAUGGAACGGCUAGAGUUUGGGAUUUACGAAGUCGUUUUGCCUCGCAAAACCUCAACAACACGUAUCAGAUCACGUCCGUAUUGUUCAACUCUACAAGCGACCAAUUGAUUACCGGUGGCCUUGACAACGACGUUAAAGUUUGGGAUCUCCGUAAUGAAGAAGUAUUGUAUACUCUAGCUGGUCAUAAUGAUACCAUUACUAGCCUCAGCUUAAGUGCUAAUGGACACUACAUAGCAUCGAAUGGAAUGGAUAACACUGUGAGAAUAUGGGACGUGAGACCUUUUACUCAAGAUCAACAUGCUUUCAUGUUUAUGUGCUGUGUGAUCUGUUAUGCUGCCUGUGGUAUGCGUUGCUUCACAUCAGAGCUUUGUUAUAUCAUUAAUGUGGUAUUGAAUCUCAUUAUUAACUCAUUUUCGUGUUUAUUCUUUGUUUGUCUUUUGUGUCAGAAUCUCUUAGGCUGUAGCUGGUCUCCAGACGGUCGGUUGGUAGCAGCUGGAUCUGCUGACAGAUAUGUGUAUGUAUGGGACACCAUUACGGGUCACAUCAGAUACAAGUUACCUGGACACCAAGGCAGUGUCAAUGAUGUGGAUUUCCAUCCAAAAGAGCCAAUUUUACUCUCUUGCUCAAGCGACAAGACUCUGUAUCUUGGUGAACUUCAGUAAAUCAAAGACACUUGAUACUCCUGUGAAUGCAUCUAUCCUUUAAUUCCUUUUUGAUGUAUAGAAAAACCAGAAAA